UAUCUGUUACUCUCUCUCCCUAUCUGUCACACCCUCUCUACCUGUCACACACCCUCUCUCUAACCCCGACCCUUCUAUACGCUCACUCUCUUCAGACGUGACAAACACACGAAGCGUCAAGAAGUUCCAAAUGUCCAAAGAAAAUGGUAAGAAUUCCAUCCAGAGUGCUGAAAAUACCCCAUAGACCACGAAGGAGUAUUUUUACGAAGUUCCACUACUCGACGGUCGUGUGGACUUUCAUCGGAUUCGUUAUCGGGUUGUUUUCCUUGCAUGUCUUGGUCUGGGUGAGGCCGGAAACGUUCUGCGACAGCGUUUUCCACAGCGAAAAGGAUCUGCAACAUCUUCUGCUGCAACGCCAGCAACAACAACAACAUCAGCUGCAAAAACUACUGCAAAGAAAGAAACAAGAUGGCCGAGACUUUGCCAAGCCACAACGGCAGCAUCCUCAUCCUCAUCCUCAUCAUCAACAACAACAACAACAACAACAGCAGCAGCAGGAGCAAGAACGAGGGGACGAAGAACGGUCCGCGGGUCUUGCCAUUGUCGCCGUCCACGUCGGAGAAACGUCCCCGCUCUCCUUCAGCCUGUCUCGCAAUUCCUGGUGGCAGGAAGAGCAGCGGGCGAGGAGGAUGAAGAUGGGGCAGUUGUCGAGGAGAGGGGCUGGCGGCGGGGGGCCCCUUCCGGCUCCCCCACCCGACCCGCCAGCCACGAAGCCCCUCUUUGACCACGCGAUAAUGCAUUUCGUCGACUCGAGUUUCUACAAGGAGAGAAGAAACGAGGUUUUGUACCCCCGCUGUGGUCGUCAGGGGACGAGGCGGCACACAGGGGGGAAGGCGGUGGAAGUGCCAAAAGCACAACAGCAAAUGACCUGGAGGAAUCUGAAGUGGUGGUGGCCAUGGAUGGUUUGGUGAGAUCAUCGGUGAACGAGGGUUUCGAGAAAGUACUUCGGUUGCUGGUUGUUGCGAAUGAUAGUGGAAUCCCCAUGUCCGAACAGGGAUAUAUCUUCGUUGCAGGGGAUGCCUUGUUGGACGAGACAGUGCUCUAUAACCUCAUUAAUUAUGUGCAGAUCAAGAGCAUGUCAAAUACGACGGCGAGAAACGUCAGCACAAAUGAGCAAAACGUCAAAAGACGGCUGUUGUUCGACGGCGGUGACGGUGGUACUGGUGGACAAGCAGCUUUCGGGUUGUCAAUGACUAUGGCACAAACGUGGGACAACGGGAAGAACUGUACGCGCCACCGUCGUCAUCACGAAGCGGGGACAAAUGUCAAAGACGGCAACGACUGUGAGUUCGUCGAAGGAAUCAUAGUGACGCGUGACAAACUGGACGAAUUCAGGAGACAACGCAUGGCUGUCAAUUGUAGUAGCGGCUCCGAUGGACAGACGAGAGGAUGCAAUACAAAGCAGGCUGGUGCCAGGUUCGCAGAUGGAGGCACAAGGGGAGCCACGAGUUCUCACUCCUACCUCGAGGCCGCAUCAUAUGUCCAGUGUUUCUUCAACUCGAAGGUGAACACUCAACGAGACAUAGGACACACCUGCCAAUGGAAAGAAUCUCUGGGGAACCGUCAGAUGGAAAACCUGAAGUUGACGGAUGUGAUAUCGCCCCAGGGUCCCCGACCAGCUUUCCAAGAACUCUAUUUGUACUUCAAACAACAGCACCUGCGGGAACUAGUAUCGAGGAGUGCCUAUCUACGCUCUGAGGUGUUUGCCACAACUAAAAUGGUUUCAUUCUUGACUCGUGGCAAGUCUUUUAGGUACGACUACCAGAAACAGUUUGACACCUGGAACAGGUAUUGGAGCAGGAAUCAGACAGCAGCAGUAUCCGAAAGCUUCCUGGAUGAAGACACCCACUGGAAGUUUACAAACGACCGAUAUAUAUAUACGACUCAUAACAUACAUAAAUCCCCAGUUCAGAAAUUGUAUUUCAAAGGUACUUUGAGACUUUUGGAGGAUUCUUUGAAUAGUUUGUUUUACGAACUGAAUUUCAUGUCUCCUUUUCUGGAGAGCGUCAAGUUCCAUCACUCUUACCAACACUUCUCACCGUUGUUUGGGGUGUGGCAUUUUGUGAACGUUGUCGCAUCCACCAGUAACAUGACGGUAAGUAAAAACACCACCGAUGCCACCACCACCACCAACAACAACAACAGCAAUGGCAGGGGUAAGAACAUGGUGGCGGCUGUAGCGGACAGGAAAGUUGCCAAUAUGGCGUUCUUGACCACUGAAAAAUUCCUUCAACUUCAAGUGACCGAGUUUCCGAACUGGAGCGAUCAGACAAUUUUUUCAACAUCCUCAUCUUAUUCAUCAUCAUUAACCAGUGAGCACAUCAGCAUAAUUGUACCUGUCGCUGGACGAGACGACGCUUUCAACCGUUUCACUGCAUUGUUGCGACCAGUUCUUGCCAACGACACGAACAUCAGUUUCAUCUUCAUCAUAUUCAUUCAGGCGCGAAAUGACAACAAAAUAAUGCUUAUCCGCCGACUACAACUAGAAUAUCCGCAUGUUUCUUUCCGCUCGGUCAAUAAAAGAACGACGUUUUCACGAGCCGAAGCUCUGCAGAUCGGAGUCAAUCUCGUCGAGCGUGACGACGUCAUCUUGUUGUUCAUGGACAUCGAUAUGGUGUUCACAAGUUCAUUUCUCGCCCGCGUCAGACAAUUCACGGUCAGGCACCGACGAGCGUAUUUCCCAAUCUACUUCAGUCAGUACAUAUCAGCCGAGAAAUGCAAUCCAGAAUAUCCGACGCUGUGCUCCCCAUUUCGCUUCCGACCCGACGACGGCUUCUGGCGUUUCUACGGUUACGGUAUGGCGUCGAUUUACAAGAGUGACUUCCUGUCAGUGGGAGGUUACGAUGUAAAGAUCAAGGGCUGGGGGUUGGAAGACUUGAAAAUGUAUGAAGCUUGCAUCAAUAGAAACAUGGAGGUGUUUCGAGCACCGGACCCAGGACUUGUACAUAUCUACCACAGCAAGAGCUGUUCCCCUUCAUUAGCAGCCAAUCAGUAUGGCAUGUGCCAGGAGACCAAAUUCAGCAUUUACCUGCAUGAACACACUUCAGCUGAACUGGUCUACGGAGAGCAGGAGUUGAUAGAUCGGGCCCCACCGUGGAAAUAAAUAAUGCACAAAAGAAACGCACUCACACGUGCACAAAUUGAAUUCUGGCCAUGCUGGGGCAUCGCUUUGAAGGGUUUUAGC